AUCAUCUAAUAAUAUAAUAUUAGUUUACAGGCCAUAAUAUGAUUAUUAUAUGUUCUGUUAAAAGAAGAUUUCUCCUUGCAUUUUCAGAAACUGUCAGCAAGACAAAACCAUUAACCAAAAGUUUCUUGUUCAUCAACUUUGACUGGAUACCUAGAGAGAGCAUCCAGGCCUAUUUUACAAGAGUAUUUAAAAAGAUAUUGAUCUUGGCCUGGGAUUUGAGGAAGAAAGGGAAAUGAAACAAGAAAGGAACUUACCAGCUGUUCCUCAUGGCUCGGUGGCAGCAAAUUCCCCGGCAGUGUCACCAUUGUCAAUCCCAAAUUCUCCGGCACAGCCAUUAUUUCGGUCGCCGUUGUCAAUCCCAAAUUCUCCGGCACAGCCAUUAUUUCGGUCGCCGUUGUCAAUCCCAAAUUCUCCGGCACAGCCAUUAUUUCAAACACCAACACCCUCACCUUAUUCGUUCUCAGUAGCUUCCACAAGAUGGGCCACAAGACCACCUGAACAUCUUUUCAAUCUUCUCCUUAGGUCACUGGCAGUGCUGUUAUCAUUUGUCGCCGCCAUCACUCUGGCUGCUCCAUCUUCUAGAAGGGGGAAACGCACAGAGAUAUUUUAUUAUCAUACAGAAUUGCUAUACAGCUUUGUUGUAUACGUAUUGACUUUCUUCUAUUCCGCCUUUCAACUAUUCAAAGGUGUUUGUGACAUUGGUUACAGAGGCAUUUUAAUCUCAGACAAGACCUCAGACUACACAAGUUUCAUUUUUGACCAGUUGGCAGCUUACCUUGUUCUAUCCUCCUCCUCUGUUGCCGUAAUAGCAGUUCAGCAUAUGAGAACCAAUUCACCACUCUGGAAGGCAGCAAGAAUUGCUGUUGGCACGUCAUUUCCCACUUUUGUUGUCGUUGCAAUUUCUGCUAUGUUAUCAGGAUACAAGCUCUGUAAAAGGAUCAUAUGGUAAUCCUUUACUAUGACAACGCAAAGUCUUAGUUCAAGAUGCAUCUAUAUCAUCAACAAACUGUAAAUUCUUCCCAGGAGUUGAAGUAUGUAAUAGAGAUAAAAAUUGGAAAUUGUAUAAUUCCACAAAUUUUCGUAUGGAAGAGUUUAUAUUCAGAAGGAUACCAGAACAGAGAUCUCACCCAUCAAUAAGAAUAUCCAUAGACUAGCCAACAAAAUAUUCAACUGCUGAAGUUAAGAUUCUAGCAAAAUGAAGUUGUUCAAUUGCUUUCA